CAUAUGACCCCGAUGGUGAGUAGGGCACAAUAGAGAUUAUGCUGCGAAACCACCGAUAUGAAUAAGAACAGUGCGCUGUAAAGACAGAAGGAAAACGAAACUUUUCCAACUCAUUGUUUUUCAGCUUUAUUAUGCAUGCAAAUGAUUUACUCUAACGAUUAAUGGUUGGUUAGCUACCGUUUUUGUGCCUCAUCCCCACCCGCAGAGCGCGCUGUUCAUUCGGUAACAUACAUGGUAAAAGCCCCCCCAUCAAUGUGAUAAAAAUAGCUUCAAGCUUCAUCCGAUUCAUUCACUUUUCAUCGCUUUUGGAAGAUGGCACACUACACGUGUGAGGAAGCUCUUGGGACGGUCCUGGACAGCGAGGAAGAAUUCACCUUUUCCUCAGAAGAGGAGCAGGAGUCCAAUGAUGAAUGGUCGCAUUUUGAAGAGCGACUUGAUCCAGCCGAGGAUGUCCUUUCUGAUGAAAAUGAGGAGAACGACAGUGACCACCAGAUGCCUGUUGCAAAGAAAGCCAGGACAAACAAGCAGUCUGCUCUGACAUGGAAAACAGAGACUGAAGUCGACUUGGUUCCACAGACUCUGAGAUUCGUGCCCGCACGCGAUCCCGGACCGCAGCUGUGGUCAGCUGACUCGUACACUCCCCUCAGUCUCUUCAAACUCUUUUUCUCUGAAAGCGCUGUCUCAACUCUAUGCUACAACACAAAUGCCCAGGUCGCCAGGUCAAUUGAAAGGGGUCGCAAAUACAGGUGGACAGAUGUCAGUGUUAGCGAAUUGUACCGUUACUUUGGACUCAUAUUCUACAUGGGCAUGGUGAAGUUGAGCUCCAUCAAUGACUACUGGCGGCAGGACAGUCUUUGCUCUGUGCCUUUUCCCGCCACAAUCAUGUCAAGGGACAGAUACCGCACCAUUUCAUGGAAUAUGCACAUGAGUCACCCAGCUGCGGACAAGGAGAAUGACAAAAAGAAGGGCACAGAUGAAUAUGACUGGCUUUUCAGGGUCAAACCCCUCAUGGACACGAUCCGUCUUGCGUGCAAAACUAUUUAUCAUCCUAGAAGAAAUUUAGCUGUGGAUGAAAGAAUGGUGGCAUGCAAAGCCAACACAGGAAUGACACAGUACAUGAAAGCCAAGCCAACCAAGUGGGGCUUCAAGCUGUUUGUCCUCGCCGACUCAUCAAAUGGAUAUACUGUUGACUUUUCUGUGUACACAGGAAAAAACAAUGUUGCCACAGGCAAUGGACUGCCAUAUGAUACUGUGAUGUCUCUCAUGGACAAAAAACUUUUGGGAUCUGGGUACCAUGUGUACAUGGACAAUUUCUACACAAGCCCAAAGCUCCUAACAGACGUGAUAGACAUGAGGUAUGGCGCUUGUGGGACUUACAGAGACUACAGGAAGAAUAGCCCACAAAAUGCAGCUAAUUCACUGACUAAAAAUUCCCCCAGGGGAUCCAUUAGAUGGAUUCGCAAUGGUCCGCUUGUGUUUGUGAAGUGGAUGGACACACGAGAGGUGUCUGUGUGUUCCUCUAUUCAUCCUGCCUACACAGGAGACACCGUGCAGAGGAAAGUGAAAACACAAGAUACAUGGAGCUUAAAAUCUUUCCCCUGUCCCGCACCUGUUACUGCAUACAACCAAUACAUGGGGGGCGUUGACUUGUCCGAUCGGCUGUUGCAAUACUACACCGCACAGCACAAAACCUUGAAGUGGUACAGAAAGAUCUUCCUACACUUCUUGGACAUUGCUGCCACCAACUCUUUUACAGUUCACAAAGAGCUAUAUGGCAACAUGACCUACAAGGAGUUUAUGGAGCAGCUUAUCUCAGAGCUCUGUGGCGUGUCACCGAAAAUCCCACAGAAACAGGCCAGCAGUGACCAUGUGCCCGUUCCAGGAGCUCCGCUGAGCACUGAUACCAGGAAAGUUGCCUCUAGUGGUCGGCGAAUCUGUGUGCACUGUAAAGCAGCGCAUGGAAAGAAGCAGCAAACUCCUUGGAAAUGCCAGGCGUGCGAUGUGCACUUGUGUCUUCAGUUGACCAGGAACUGUUUCCAGGAAUGGCACAAAGCUCUGUGACUGUGUUCAAAAAUGUGGUUUUGGCCUUCUGUCUUUUAUUUUAUCUGUCUUUCUGUCCGUCUGCAUUGUUGUACACUGUUG